CCAGGGUGCGCGAUUCUCAUCUCCAGCUGCUGCAGACCCAAAGCUCGGGCAAUAAGCGAAGAUCGCGAGGACAAGCAACAACAACAACAAAAAACAUUUUGGGGGGAAGCACCACCUCUAUUAAUUUUUAGCGGAGAAACAACCCGGCUCAGAAGCCCCCCUCCCCUCUCUCUCCGCGGACGACGGCUCGCUUGUUGCGCCGUGUGCACACGCAGGCUUUGCGGCUGCACACAGCUCGGAGCGCCAAGGGUAGCAUGUCUGCCACACAUUUCUGAGAUAAGUCGCACCAACAACCCCACCGCCGUUAUGCUGUGGACGCGAUCCCCCCUCGUGCCUCCUGAAGCGGCUGUGGCGCCGCGCUGCAAGGUGGUCCCUGUAGUCCUCAUCCCCGCCUGCUUCCGCAGCGUCUAAUCCUGGGCGUGGAUAGUGGAGCACUACAUUUCCCAUAAGCUUCCUCCCCUCUCGCUCGCUUUCUCGCUCCCAUCAGACUGGAGAUACGGAACGGACAGUCUUGACGACCCCCCCCCCCUUCUCCCUCCCUCACCACCCCCCUCCCCGGACUUUGAAAACCGAAAACCGUCGAGGUUACUGAAGAGCCGCGGACCGCCAGAGGCCGAGAGGCAGCCGCGGAACGGAGCCGUCCGCCGUGCGACGUUCAUGCACCACCCGGCCUAUCAUUGUAUUUAAAGAAAACUCAUCAGAUUGACUCAGCUCCCCUUUGAGGCAUGUUGUGUUAAAGAAACACCUAUGCAGGUGGAUUCUUCACUAAUGAAUGUAGGGGAUGGCGGCACGGUGAGCAGAGAGAUCAGUGCUCCAAAUAAAGCGUCCAUGAGCAUGGUGGGAAAUCCUCCCCAAACGCUGCCCCUUGAGUUUCGAGGUGAUGUUACCCUCGGUCAGCAAAACAAGACCACUCCGACAACAGACUGCAAGACAGCGAGAGCCUGCCCGGACACCAGUAAUUACAACCACAGCCCGGAGCCUUCUCCACCCCGGCAGCUCAACAAUGAACCAAUGUCAAGCUCAGCCCCCGCCAGCGCUGAGAAGGGGACAGACAAAAGAGUGGUAGAGGCCGCUAAAAUCAAGGCCGACGGCGCAGGGGCCUUCCCCGCUCUUCAGCGGUCGAGUGGCAUAAAAGUCAGCCGGGAGGACUCGGCCAAUCCCUGUCACAGCAAGAAAUCACAUACGCAAACACCAUCUGCUCCACCUGGUUUCCAGUGUUCCUUGUUCAAACCAGCCCAGCCAGUUGCCUUCCUGCCUUCCGCCGAUUUCUCCUCCCCCCUUUGUAAAAUAACUCUCCCACCAGCAUUGGGGCAGAUCGCCGCUCUCAGAGAAGCCACUGCCAGCCAGUUUCCAAAAGACAUUCAACCUCAAACCUCAGGUGUAGCAGGGACGCCCCUCAUGCGGACCUAUCACUAUCCCUUCUCCAUGAACCGGAUUACCACUUCCGAGAAAAAAGCCUCGAAACUUAAAGCGAAUCAUUCGUCCAGCAAGAAUGCCAAAUCUGUCGGGGAACAUAAGUCCCCGGCCUCGGUGGUGACUCCGCCGGCCAUCGCUCUCCCACUGCAGCACCCGUCGCUGAACUCCACGGCGCCUACCCACUACACAUUGUCGCCCACUGCUGCCAUUUGUUGCGGCUCUGCACUAGCCACCAUCGCCUCUCAGAGUAGACUUCUGAACCACGUGGAAAAGAGCCUUAGCUUAGACAAGAUCGCCAUGGGCGCUCUGAAAACAGAAGAGCAAAGAGUGGCCUGCUCGCUGGAGCAAAGGGACGUACCCCUGGAUUUGUCAGCUAAAUCAAAACGUCCAAAAUGCACAAAUGACCCUCCACAUUCAACAAAGGAGCCUCAAAAGAGCAAGUCAAAUAAAAUGGACUUUCCGAACUCAAAGAGGACUCAUUCUACAACGUAUGGCGCAGCCGGGCAAUACCCCAUUUUGCCCAAUACACACAGAAAUGGAUCUCAUCAAAAGCAAUCGAUCCGGCCACAGAAUCGCCAGGCCUCUGAACUUAAGCCAGCAUGGAGCAAGGGAUCCUCACAAGAGUCCACUAAAAAUAUCCCUGGAACAUACGUAGGUGUAGCUAGUCCCAUACUGGCCUCUACGCUUCGAGGCAAAGAUGGAAAAGGGACAUUUGCAGACGAGUUCCAAAGUUUUGCUAAGCAGGAGUUUAUUUCGAUAAUUGACCAAGGAGAACAAGUGACCUCGAGAGGAAAGAGGCUCCCCUCGCUGAAGCACGCCCAGGUUGUCAAGCAAGUUAAAAACACAAGCACAGCCAUCACCAAGAACUGUCCCGCUAAAGGGGCCCUCAUGACGGCCCUGUCAAGUGCCACCAAUGCGCAUCCGAGGCCUGGCAAAACAGUGGGUCCUUACUCAGCUUGGCAACAGUCCUCACAUCCUCCACGCCAAGCAUCCUCAGCUCAAAGAAAAAUAUCACAAGGUUCCUCAACACCCAAAGGAAAUGUUGAAAGUUCCAGGUUUCAGAGUCCAUCCAUUCCUGCGGAAGAAACGUGGGAGAAACCGUCUCCGCUCUCUAACCUCGCGUCCAUUGUGAAGCAGCAAGACUUUGAAACAAGUGCAGAGGCAAGUGACACGAACCCUGUGUCAAGAAAAGACAAUGUUCUGACUCUUCUCAAAGACACCCCACCCAAGCAAGUCUCUCCAUAUGAAUCCCCAGCAUACUGGUCCACGGAAAAGUGGCCUCCAUCCAGAAAGAGGCUGGAAAGGUUGAAACCAACUGAGACCUCUGAGAAUAAUGCAGAGAUUCGCAGCCAUCAGGGAGAACACAAGCACGGUUUUUCUAAGCCCUUUGGACAGUCUCAUAGCCUCAGAAGCAACGCAUCAACAAAUGGUAACAGGCUGGAGAGUAAAUUGGCCCAGGUGCUGGAGGGGGAGGUGCUGAAGAAAGACAGCAAAGAGUCAGACGAUCCCCCAGAUGAAAAUCGGGGAGGUUUAGUUGCCUCCAUUCUGUCGGGCCGGUCCCCGGGUACAGGAGACGAGAAAAAAACAAAUGGAACCAAAGUGGAGUCGCUAACCAAAACUGUUAAGCAGAAGAAAGUUAGUCCUAAGAAACCCUCAAAGGAGUCUGCAAAGAAGACGGCUCGAGAGAAAGAAAAAGACAUCACACCUGCUUCCCAAAAGAAGCAGAUGAAACAAAAAACAUCAGAAUUGGAGCAAAGACUUUCCUCGCAGAGUAAAGAGCAGACGCGGAAAGACGAUAAACCCCUUGACAAAACUGUUACAGAUGGUGACAGCAGCCCCGAGGGUGAAGAGUCUCGUGCCUUGAAGACCACUGCAGCCACUAAGGAGGCCGCCAUUAAAGAUGCCUCCUUCCCGAGGUUGAGGAGAGGACGCCGACGUGCCGACGAGGCCAGGUUGGACCUCUGGGGCUUCGCGACGCCUUCCCCGCCUCCGCCACCGCCGCCGCCACCACCACCGCCGCCACCCCUUCAAAGGGCCCCUUCCCCCUCUCCUCCGCGUAUGCCGGCCCGCCGUCCGAGAGGGAGGCCGCGCUCUAACCGGUUGUCAGAGCGGGACGUCCGGGACAAGGGCAAGGCAGGCGACGUGGAGGACGAUGCCCCGGCACAUAAAAGGAGGAGACACUGCCGUAAUAGAAAGUACCAGACGGGGGAGUACAUCACGGAGAAGGACAAACUGGAAGAAGGAGAGCACCUUGAUGAGUCAGACAGCGGAAUCACAGCGGAUUCCCAGAAGACUCAGUGUCCAAGUUCUGCCGCUUCCAGUCCAGAACCACCAUUACGGAGAACCUCAUUGACACGCUCGGGCUCGGUCCGCUACCAAGCUAGCGACGUUUCGCUCGAGUCCAACGACAAGCCUUCUGGGAAGAGGAAGUUCAAAAGCAAACACUUGUGUGACAUUGAGGAGCAAAAGACGAAGACAAAGCGCGGCAGCUUGGGCAAAGGCGCCAUCCCCGCAGCUCUGGAUGAGGACUCAACCACAGAGAACAGCACCCCUGCGCCCUUCUUCAAGAACGUGCCGUCAUCUCCGCCCAGCAAAAAGAACUCGUCAGGAAAAAACAGCAGCCCAGAGUCUCCUCCCAAACGUCCGAUCCCUCCAGAAGUGCGGCGGCUGAUUGUCAAUAAAAAUGCCGGGGAAACGUUGCUGCAACGUGCCGCCCGUUUGGGCUAUCAGGAAGUGGUGCAGUACUGUCUAGAAAAGGACAUCAGGGAGGUGAAUCGGCGAGACAACGCGGGCUACACGGCCCUCCACGAGGCGUCCUCUCGUGGCUGGACUCAGAUUGUCCAGAUGUUGCUGAAACAUGGCGCCGAUGUUAACUGCAGCGCUCAAGAUGGAACACGACCACUUCAUGAUGCGGUGGCGAGCGACAAUCUUCCCAUCGUUUGGUUGCUCCUGAACCACGGCGCAGACCCGACUCUGGCCACCUACUCGGGACACACGCCGGUCAAACUGGCACAUAGCACCACCAUGAAGACCUUCCUCACGGAGUAUUUCACCGACCUGGAGGGCCGCGGUGAGCAGGAUCCCACCUUGCACUGGGACUUCUACAGCAGCUCCUUGUUUGAGACAGACAAGGAGCCCUGCUGGGAUUUCCUGUUGUCGGAGAAGGGCCAGGAGUGUGCGGAGGGCGAGAGCGUAAAUGCCGACGGGGAAUCCAGCAAAGACAGCCUGGUGUUCGAGUUCUCCUCUGAGCCCCUUUUGCCCUGCUACCACGUACAGGUGUCUGUCACGCAGGGCUUUUGCAACUGGUUCCUGCUGUCAGACGUGCUGAAGCGCCUGAAGAUUUCUGCGCGGAUUUUUCGCGCCCGCCACCCUCACUUGGAGGUGGCCAGCCUGCCUCGCGCUGAGCUCGGCCGGCAGGUUUUAGUCAGUCAGGUAGGCUUGCCUCUGGACUCCUCCAACAAGGACAAAGAAGAGGAAGACAAAGAGGAGGAGGAUGAGGAGGGGGAAGACGACAAGGAUGAGGGGCUGGUGGAUUUGGUGCGGUGUGUUCCAGAGCUCCAGAGACUGCUGGGCUCCUCAAUUCACAUCCUACAAGAUGACGAUGACGAUGAUGAAGAGGAUGAGGAGGAGAAACCGCGAGAUCGGUAGCCCCACAUCUGACAAAACUCAAAACAUCUCCGUCCGAGCACUCACUUUUCAGGUUCCUAACUUGACUUGAUCCGAGGCUUUUUAAGAGAAGUGGGUGGUCCGCAGAGACGAGACCGCCGCACUGUAGUCAAACAUUGGACCCCUCCCCCUCUCCUCCGACCACCACCUCCUCCGUUUUCCCAAACACCUUGACUCCACCAUCUUCUUCUGCAUCUUCUUUGUGAUGGAUGGACCUCAACGGUGCAACGACACAGACCCCGCAACGUUCCCUCGCUGAAUCACUUUUUUGGGACUUUUCAGGAGCGGACUCGCGCGGCCGUGUUCUUUGCAUCUGUCGACACCUCAUUUUGGCGUGCUUUAUUUAAUAUUCCUUAAUAUAUUUGACCUCUUGUGUAUGUAUGGAAAGUUGCUUUGUAUGGUCGGUGCUUCACGUACUUAUUAGCAUCCCUUUAUUCCCCCCCGACUCUGAUUUCAGAACAGUAUUUGAGCGAGCAAAAGUACAGUUUUAUUGUACUGGUGCUAUAAUAGAUUUUUCUUUGUGUUGACAAUCAAUGAAGUUUUGGUUUGGAAUCACAAACUUAAUAAAAAAAGAAAAAAGAUAUUUAAGAGAUGUAAAGAUGGUGUAGUUGAGUUGAAUGGGGGUAAAAAGCAGUGGAUUGCGAGACACUUUUAUUUGAUUAUUUUAUAAGAAAGAAUAAAGCAUGAUUGUAAAUCAUA